UCGGUCGCAUAGACAUGGCCUUUGAAGCUGCUUCAUCCCCUUCUUCUGCUCAAUCCCUCCCCAAGAAGAAUGAUGUUUUCAUCAGCUUCAGGGGUGAGGACACUCGCUCCAACUUCACUAGCCAUCUUUAUGAUGCUUUUUGCAGAAAACACAUCAGAACCUACAUAGACUACCAACUCGACAAAGGAGAUGAGAUCGCACCAUCACUUCUGCAAGCUAUCGAGGAUUCGUAUGUGUCUGUGGUGGUGUUCUCUAAAAAUUAUGCUUCUUCAAGAUGGUGCUUGGAUGAGCUCACCAUACUCCAUUGCAGAAGGGUUCAAGGACAGACUGUUGUUCCUGUCUUCUAUAAAGUUGAGCCAUCUCAUGUACGCAAUCAGACUGGGGUUUACAAGCAAGCAUUUGAGAGUGAUCUCAAGGUUGACCAACACAAGAUGGACAUGUGGAAGCAAGCUCUUAAUGAAGCUGCAAACUUAGCGGGUCAUGACUCUCACACGUUCAGGGAUGAAUCUGAAUUGAUUCAAAAUAUAGUCAAAGGGAUAUUGCAGAAAUUGAAUCACAAGUACCCCCCUACUGAACUAAAAGGACUCGUAGGUUCCUGCUUCUUGGAAAACGUAAGAGAAAAGUCUAGAAACGGACUUACUGAAUUACGCCAUAAAUUUCUCUCCCGUCUCCUAAAGGAAGAUCUCUCUAUUGAUACUUCAACCACUUUUAUUGAGUCUAGGCUAAGUCGUAUGAAAGUUUUUGUUGUUCUUGAUGAUAUUAGUACGGUGGAGCAAUUAGAAUGUUUGGUUGGAGAGCCUUUUUCCUUUGGGCUAGGAAGUAAAGUUCUCAUCACAACAAGGGACAAGCAUGUGCUUAGCAAAGGAGUUGAUGCAAUAUAUAAGGUUAAGGAAUUGCAGUUCCACCAAUGCCUUGAACUUUUCAGCUUGAAUGCCUUCAACAAAAGCUUGCCUAUAAUGGGAUAUGAAGAACUAACAAGAAGGGCAGUUGUUUAUGCAAAAGGAAUUCCAUUGGCUUCAAAAAUUCUGGGUUCAUAUCUUCGUGGUAGAAGUGAAGUUGAAUGGAAUAAGUCUAUUGAUGAACCUGAAAGACGUAGCAGAUUAUGUAAUUUUGAAGAAAUUUACGAUAUUUUAGCUAAUAACAUGGGAUCGAAGAGAGUUGAAGGAAUAAAGUUGGAUGUCUCUCAAAUUAGAGAUCUAUAUUUGGAAGCGGACAUUUUCAAGAAGAUGCCUAAUAUGAGAUUUCUCAAACUUUAUUCUGACAGUGGCUCAAGUCAUGUGCACCUUCCAGAAGCCAUCUACAAAAGCUUUGGAACGGAGUGUGUGAUUUGUGAGCUUAAAGAAAUAGACCUUAGUGGUUCCAAACAACUACAAGAGCUGCCCAAUCUCUCCAAAUGCUUGAAUCUCAAAGUGGUACAACUGAGGCAGUGCGAAAGUUUGUGCUUUAUUCAUUCCUCGAUCUUGUCUCUCCACUCAAUUGUUGUGUUGAACUUAUUUGGAUGCACGAAACUUAAGGGUCUAAAAAGUGAAUUACUUUUAAGAUCUCUGCGACAUAUUAAUGUGAUUGAGUGCAAGAAUCUCAAGGAGUUCUCGGUGUCAUCUGAUGAACUGAGAGAAUUGGAUUUAGUUAACACAGGAAUCGAAAUCUUGCACCCCUCUGUAUGGCAUUCAAGAAGAUUGGAAAUUUUGACGUUUCUUGGGCUUUUCGAUUGUAAAAUCAUUGAUGAUUUGAAGCUACAUCUCUUAUUUGAUAGCAUGUUGUCUUUAAGACAAGUGGUCCUGGAUCGGUGCGGUAACAUAAUUGGACUCCCCAAUAAUACUAAGCAUCUUUUAGGAUUGAAAUUUCUUAGCAUAUGGGAUUGCAGGAGGCUUCGUUCUUUACCAGAAUUGCCGCCAUCCAUUGCAAAGCUAGAUGCCCAUGAUUGCAAGUCGUUGGAAAUUGUGUCAAGUUGGAGAACAUCAAGUGGUGGCCCAAUAGGGUUCUUAUUCAAGAAUUGUGUGCAACUGAGUGAGCAAUCGCUUCAUAAUAUCAUGGAGGCUGCUGCCUAUUCUAUGACUUAUUGUGUCUUGCAUAAAAAUGAGAAUUAG